CUGAACCACACCGCUGCCAACUCCUAGACCUCAGCAGCUGUUCCAUGACAGCUAGUACUCUACAUGGCGCUUCCCCUCAGCGGCCUGUAACACAGACGUUGCUCAAAAUUCCAGGAUGGGUUACAAAGCUUAGUGUUGCUGACCAAUUACCAGCCCCUAGCCACUCUUGGGGAGUCUUGAGGGGUGCCCUUCGUAUUCAGCCAGGUCGCGCCUCUAGAACCGUGGCCGGUAAGAUGCCAUGCUCGUUCUGGACCUGAAAGUUUGUGUUUGUCUCGCUGCUGCAAAGCUGAACGGCUUGAGGUGGCACCAGACCACCACAUGGAUUCCCCUCAGCCAUCACAACCUGGACCCUGACCUGCAUGAAAAUCGCUGGUUUGAUUUGCUGAAGUAUGAAACCCCGUGAAGGUCUGCCCUGUAAUGCCGGAGAGGCAGACCGGACAUCAUACGUUGACCAUUGCUGCCUCGCCCGUUGCUAGGGACGAGCUCCCCCGCGUGGGAGUCUGGAGCGUCCAUAUAGUGGAAGCCAUGUCCCACCAACUCGUGGCCGGUAUUGACGUUGGACGACGAGGCUUUGCCAACCUCAAUCCCUCAAAACAGUAUUCCAUUAUGAAAGGAGUCGUCUUCCCCGCCGUCGGUGCGGAACCGAGGGUCGUGGAUGAUCUGGAAAGGCCCACCCCAGGUACCGAUCAAGUACUGGUCAAGUCCAUCUGGACAGCUAUCAACCCGGUUGAUACCUUCAUGAGCGCUUCUGGCCUUCUUGUCGAGGCAUGGCCUCUUGGACUCGGCGUCGACGCCGCUGGAAGGGUGGUCGAGGCGGGUAGCGAAGCUUCGUCGAAAUACGGCUUCAAUCCCGGGGACGAGGUCUUUGGUUGCACAAGGCUCGGAUCUCCCGGAUACUCGACUUGCCAGGAGUUCUUCUUGAUGGAUGCACGUGUCACUAUACCAAGGCCCAUCAAUAUAUCUCUCGUCGAAGCGGCGACUUUGGGAGUGGCCAGCGAGACUGCCUGUUUGGGAUUGUUCGAUGGCCUCCAUAUCCCACUGCCCGACCCUACGAAUCUUCCUGCUAUCAAAGAUGAUGAAUGGGUUGUCGUCCUAGGAGGAGCGAGUAGCGUGGGCAGGUGCGCGAUCCAGCUGGCCAUGGCUUGCGGCUACCAUGUGGUCGCCUCGUGCUCGAAGAACUCAGCUGGGAUUGUCAGAGGUCUCGGCGCCGCCCCGUUCGACUACAAGACCUCGCUAGAGGAACAGCUAAAAAUCGUCAUGGACUUCACAUCCGGCAACUUCACCAAGAUUUUCGAUGCUGUUGCCGCCGAGAAACCGACACUAGCCGAGGAACUGUUCAAAGCAUGCAAAGGCUCUGAGAAGUUCUUCUCUACCACUAACGAUUGGAGUGGCAUUAAGGAUUUUGCUGGAGGGAAAACAUACGCUGUUCAGCUAGGGCAUGUUGGUAGACCUGAAGCAGAGCAGCUAAAUGCAAAGAUCGAACAGUACAUACCAGUCAUUGUCGGAUUGAUCAAGGCAGGCAGGCUGCAGCCAGGGGACUUUGAAGUGGUCGGGGAAGAAGGGUUUGAGGGUGCUAUCAAAGCUUACAAUCUCCAACGUUCAGGCGCUGCGGGUGCUCGUAAAGUGGUGAUCCACCUCCAGGAAACAGAGGGCUAGAGGGUUUCAAGCCGGCGCAAGCGAUGGCAUCAACGACAACCUCUUGAGAGAAUAGGGGUCACUGGAUCACUGCUGCUUCCAUGUUCCCUAAGGCCCUCGUGGUGUGGAUGGAGCUUCCGACCCUUGGAUUGCCCCAGCUUUGCCGCUGAGUGAGACUUUCUAAUCCGGAUCACAUUGAAAGGAAAUCCACUGUCUCGGUGUCAGCAAGAGUGAGGCUAGAGGAGCCACGUACUGAAACCGAAGAUAACGCUCGUCACCAUUUCCUCGACGCUCAGGCAAAGUACUCUGCGUUAGUUUAUUCGGUUAGUUGCGACAUGUACCCAGUUGUAGAAUAUGACAAGUGCGAUCCG